AUGGUUGCACCGUUGGAAGUGGGAUUCUACACGGAGAUUAUUGGAUUCUUGCAGUGUAUCAAGCUCGAGGAUACCUUCCAGGGAACGAAACCAAAUGGCUUCGAAAUCAUCACUCAUGAUUUCGCGCCGACCAAAGUCAUCGUGGAGUACCGGUACAACUCGGUUUGGAAGAAUGUUACGUAAGUUUAUGUGUCGCACUAAAUUUAUAAAUAUUUUUAGCCGCAAGCCGUUGGAUUUGGUCGAUAAAGACGAGGAAGGUUUCCAAAGCUACCGAGUCUUUUUGAACCAGGUUGGAGAGGAAGUCAAGGUUGGAGUCUCCGGAAUAAAGGGCGAGUAAGUCGAUUGGGGGGAAUAUAUGGCUCGUGCUUUAUAAGUUUCGUCGGCUUUGCAGAAUGAAUUCGCUCUGAACGCCUUUUUGCAACAUUUUUUUGCAAAGCCGACGAAACUUAUAAAGCACGAGCCCUAUAUAAGUGUAAGUUGUGCGUAGAAUUUUAUUCUAAAUUUAGACUAAAAUGCCGGUUUCAGCGUUUGUCCCAUAUUUAACAAAACGUUUGUCGAAGAAAAUUGUGACGCCAAACGGUAUUCAUUCUUCGAACUCCUUGGUUCAAGCAUGGCAAAAAUAGGAUGUAACGCGGAAACCCGCCCAGAGAAUAAAUUAUACUCGCCUACUGGAGAAGUCGUAACCUCAUACAAACAGGAGACGACAGACAACUUUGAUUGCCAAAGUAUGGUGGGUGUAUUUGAUAAGAAGUUGGUGUUCCGAAAGAAAGGAUCAGAGGAGUGUAAGCAGUUGGAUUGGGAGGAAAAAAAAUGGGAUGCAUCGCCGUGUCAGCCAGCGGAGUACAACCUCACUUCCUCAAACCGUCUCUUGCUGUCUUUGGUGAGUGUAUGAAGAAUAUAUAACCCUUAGUUUUAGAAGUACUUGGUUGUUAUGUUCGAGACUUCCAAUUGUACCAGACCAGCUCAACUCUCUCUCGAAUUUUUGGACAAUACCUAUGUCGAGUAUCUGUUCAUACACCUCACCAAAGACAACGCGUAAGUGCAUUACGAUAAUUUCGGAGGCUAUAUUCAAAAAUGUUUAUUUUUAUUUCCAGAUCGAACGUUUCAACCGCAGAAGGAUCUGCAUUGGCUAAAGCAGACAUUAUUGGUAUGAUUGCCGGCAUAAUCGCAGGAGUAGUUGCUGUAACGAUGGUGGUCGCCUUCUUGAUCUGGUGGUUUUGCAAGGACAAGUGUAGACGGAAGAAGAAGUGAGCUUUUGAACGCUGGAUUGUUAGUCUUCUCAGCCGAAGUGUCGAGUCGAAAGACUUUCGAGGAGCGCUUUUUUUGAGUCUGGCGACUUCGAAUGGAUCUUCUGAGAUCAAUUUGGCAUCCCAAUUUUCUCAUAUUUUGUGCAAAAUUUGAAAAAAGAAGAUGGGAAGAUUGGGAUGCCAAAUUGGUCCCCGGUCCUCGCAAAAUUCAAAAAACGAUCUCUCCGAAAAUAUUUUAUGGCCUAACUUCGGCUUAUUUUAUGGCCGUUGCUAAAUUUUUAGCCAAGCAGCUGGACUGAGCCCUCGGAGAUUUGUGAGCGAGAGUUUUUCAUUUCAGAUUCGAAGGUCCCGCUGCGUUCGUUCGCUAUGACUUUGGAGUCCCUCCCGAAAUGGAAGGAAGCAGCCUCAGUUGCGAUGCUGGAUAUGAUCAGCUCGUCCUCGCCGAUAAUUCCACACUUCAUGUUCCGGUAAGCCAAAAUUAAAAUUGAGUUGUUAAUUUUUUUUCGAAUUCUCUCGCUUAACUUGGCGAUUUUAUGGGUUUCAGAAGAAAGUCACAUCCGGAGACGUGGAGUAUACCGUGGACAAGUUGGUCCGUAAAGGAGCGUUUGGCGCGGUGUAUCAUUACACUCCCGGCGACAAGAGUUUGACGGGUAUCGCGGUCAAGUUGGAGAUUGACGUCACUUCCAAGGGCAAUCAGCCUCUGAUCAACGAGGCCAGCAUCCUUCAGCUGCGCCGCGCCGAGCGUUGUCUAAGGUGCGUGUGUAUUAGUAUGGGCGAGGAGAGACGAACUCUGAGCAAGAGUGUUUGGGCGCAGGCACGCCAAUUUGUUUUUGGAAGAAAUAUUUUUGUCAAAAUCUCGGGCUGCAUAUGAUACGAAAGAACUUACAAGGGAAGUCACUUUUUUCGCAGACGGACUUUGGAACGGGACCUAGUAGGUUUCAAACGUGAAGCGUCUGCGAUCAUAAAACUGAUUUCCAAAAGUGUUUACGGGGCUUCUCGGCCGAGAAAAUCGACCGCAAAGUUUAGCCGAAAUGAGCGAAUAGCCUCCUCAAAAGAAACAGCUUAUUUCAUCUGCAGUGGUGGCCGAGUGGUCAGCGCGCUCGCUUUUUGCGCCAGAAGAGGCGGGUUCGAUCCUCUGCGCAGUUUAUUUUCUUUUUUAAUUCGUAAAUAUUGAUUUAGUAUGUAAACAUAAGAUGUAUACACUUUUGUAAUUUUUUCCAGUAAUUUAAACAUAAAUUCAAAGCUGAAUGUUCAUGAAUAUUGUAAAAUCAAAACAGGGCUGGGUUAAUGAAGAUAUAGUUCCUAAAUUUGUGUUUUAUUAAAAAUUACUAAUAAUUAGCAUAUGUGAUGUCAAUGGCAUCUCUCUAUUUGAUUCAAUGGUCAAAAGAAAUGCAUCCGCAGACGACCGAAGUCGAACUCACGUCUUCUGGCGCAAAAAGCGAGCGCGCUGACCACUCGGCCACCACUGCAGAUGAAAUAAGCUGUUUCUUUUGAGGAGGCUAUUCGCUCAUUUCGGCUAAACUUUGCGGUCUCGGCCGAGAAGCCCCGUAAACACUUUUGGAAAUCAGUUUUAUGAUCGCAGACGCUUCACGUUUGGAACCUACUAGGUCCCGUUCCAAAGUCCGUCUGCGAAAAAAGUGACUUCCCUUGUUAGAAACGCAUUUUUCCCGUAAAAACCGGUUUAGAUUGCAACUAGGGCACAAAUUUUAGUUUUUUGAGGUCUGCAUGUUUUGAGUAUUAUUUAUAAGCAAGAAACUAAAAAAUUAUUCUAAAAAUAGCUUUUUAUAAUUUUUAUUGUAAAUUGAAAAGAGAGACGAAAUGUCGCGAAAUCAACGGCACUGUUUCUCGCCUGGAAUAAUUUCUUUUUCUCGAAAGGGAAGAAGAAAGAUAAGAAAAUGUGUUUUUAUCGGGUAGUGACAUUUUGUUUUGAACGAAUCACCAAAAAGGGGCGGGAUUUUUUUAUUUUGGAUUGACGUGCAGCAGGCAAAAAAAAAUUUUUUUUUUUUACAAGGAAAGUACUUCUAUGGGGUGUGGAGUUACAGGUCGAGAUAUAUAUCAAAAAAUUCGGAAUAAUUUUCUGAUUCAGAAUAUAUAAAAAUUAGCUGCCUAAUUUUGGUCUAUCAACGAGUUUUAUCAAUAAAUGUAUUUCUCCAGGAAAAAAAUCUGCGGCAACAAAAGCGCGCUCGGUCUCUUCAUUCGGAAGAGAGCGGUGUGGCCGAGUGGUUAGAGCGCUAGAUUGGGAAUCCGAAGGGAACGGGUUCGAUUCGUUUUGCCACACAAGAACCCAUUUUUUACAUUGGAACUACUUCUAAGGUGUAGUUGUAAUCCAAUUUGAUAUUUUAAGGCUUGUCAAGGCCUCAGAAUUUAUUUUAGCACAAAACAAAAUUUUUUUAUUGGUGAAAACACGGUCAAAAAGACACUUGCAUGAUGUCGCGAGAAAACUUCUGAGGACAAAACAUGUCAUCAGACCAAAAUUAGGCAGCUAAUUUUUAUAUAUUCUGAACCAGAAAAUUUUUGCGAAUUUUUUGAUAUAUAUCUCGACCUUUAACUCCACACCCCAUAGAAGUACUUUCCUUGUUAAAUUUUCUCUAAAACUGAAUGUUCGAUUCUCGGAAUUUUGACGGAUUCUGCGCGCAGUCUGAUAUGUUUAUGACGUCAUAAAUUUCAGCGACGGCUAUAUUAUCGAAUUUUUUUCUGGUGGAAGGUUCAAAAAGGACGUCUUCUUCAUUUUGACCGCGCCGUAUGGACCCAGUGUUAGUGAGUUGCGCAAUGGAGCCAUCUUGGAGAGUGAUGAUGUCGCCAGGCUGGCGUAUCAGUUGCUGAUGUGCAUCAAAGCCCUUCACAAUGUCUACGUUUCGCACCGUGCCAUCAGCGAAGACGUGUUCUUGUAUCAGCAAAUCGAUUCCAAGUCUUUCAAGGUGAGUUGCGGCUUUGGGUUUGGCAGUAGGCUCGGGCGCAGUUUGGACAGAGUUUUUGUUGUAAAAUUGCUUUUUUUAGGUGAAAUAUUUGCGGAAAAACUUGAAGAGUUUGUAUUUUAUCCAACCCGUUUCCUAACCUCAGCCUUUUCAGUAUGUAAUCACCGACUUGGGCUGGGCGGUGAAGGUGUACUCGCGCCGUGAUCCGUACUAUCCGUAUCCCGAGCUGGCCCCCACGAACAUGGGGAAAACCGUGCUGUAUUCGGACGAUGUUGAGAGUUUGAUGUACAUGCUCCAGAAUAUGCUAAUGGACAAGUUGCCAUGGGCCGGGGAGACGAACAUGGCCAAGAUGGCGAAGGCCAAAUACAGUUUUUAUCGUUCACUGGGUUCAAUGAACAAAGGCCAAAGGACAAUUCACUGUUUUUGGUCGGUAAUGUGGAGUAGAGAAACAGACAAAAACAAGUUAGUCUAUGAAAUUAUGCGCGGUGUUCAAGAUGUAAGUCUAUCGUGUUUUCGUGAAACCUCUUUUUCGAGGGUCCCCUUGUUUUGAUUUUCUUUUUCGAGAGACCACGGAAACGGAGGAGAGCCGCCCCGAGAAGGGGGCAGGGUUUGCCCGUAACUUUUAGUCGGAAAUAUCCAAAAUUACGGAGUUGGAACGAAGUGUUUUUUCUUUUUCAAAAUGUUUUUUGUUUUUCAGAUACUGGGUACACCAGGAUGCCAAAAAUUUGAGAAAAAAAAGAAGAUUGACCGUCGACUUCCCGUCAAAUGGCCGGGCCGACAAAUUGACAUGAACAUGCGGUUCCACGACAUUGUACGUUGCUUUUUUUGUCUAUUCCUCUUGUGUUGUGGGGUUUUUGGAAACUUUUUGAGGGGUUCGAAAAGCGCUGUUCGGGGGCCUUUUGUGCUUUGCUCAAAAGGCUGAAUUUUGUUUUAAAAGGAAAGUACAGGGUGGGCCACUAAAACCUUCCGUCCUCUUUUUUUAGAUUUCUCCGCGGAGACUCCGCCGAUUUUCAUGAAAUCUAGAUUUUUCUGGAGCUGAGAUGCGCCAUUUUCAACCGGUUGAAUUUGAAAAAAAAUAUCCUGAAUUGACCUUUCCUUUCCAAAGUUUUUGAAAAUUAUUUGCGAGCCGAAACCGCUAAAACUUAGAAAAUUUUUGGAAUGAUUUUGAAAACUUGGUCAUUUUUUCGGGUUCUUGGGUGAAAUACUCGUUUUGCCUCAUAUUUGCAAAAUACUGUUGUAAAAACUAAUUUAUUUAGCAAUUUGAUUAUUAAUAUUUCUAUCUGAGUUCGACGUGUCCACCUCCUCUUGCAGCAUGAACUUCUAGGGGCUUUGAAAGUUAAUAACAGCUCGAAUUGCGGAUCGUGAGCAUGGUUUAACUUCAAUCGAGCCUGGCUCCAAGCCUCAAUGCGCCAAGCCAUGGCUUGUAGCCUUAAUGUGGACUUUUUCACUCUUGUUGAAAAAAACAAUUUUUUUUUUCAACAUUCAUACCCUAACGGUAAUACAGACAACACUUUUUUUGCUUCUAACUUGCUUUAAACAAAGUUUAGAGAAAGCGUACGGAACUUUUUACUCCACGAUUUUACCAAAAAAGCCCGAAAUUUUCCAAGUCCGAGAAAGGCAAUUGAAAAUCAUUCCAAAAAUUUUCAAAGUUUUAGCGGUUUCGGCUCGAAAAUAAUUUUCAAAAACUUUGGGAAGGCAUAGUAAAGUCAGUUCAGAAUAUUUUUUCCUGAAAUUCAAUCGGUUGAAAAUGGCGAAUCUCAGCUCCAGAAAAACCUAAAUUUCAUGAAAAUCGGCGGAGUCUCCGCGGAGAAAUCUAAAAAAAGAGGACGGAAGGUUUUAGCGGCCCACCCUGUACUUUUAUGGGGGCUCCUACUUUUUGAUGGGACAUAUCUCAAAAAACCAGAAAAAAUGUGCUGAUCAAGGAUAUAUAAAUCUUAGCUGCCCAUUUUAGGUUUUUAGGGGUGAAAAUGCCCAAAAACUGGCUUAAUUUCCCUACAAAAGGCGCAGGCAUUCGAAACGAUAAAAAGUGCAGUCGCUCUCCUCCUUCGGAAGAGAGCGGUGUGGCCGAGUGGCUAGUGCUGUAGUCUGGGAAUCAAGAGGGAGGACGCCGCACGGGUUCGAUUUACAUUUUGGGCCGAAUCAACUUUUUUUGAAGUUGAAGGUCGGAAAAAUAAAUUUUUGUUCCAAGACUGAUUUAUUACGUCUUGGAAACUCAAUAAACAUCAUUUUAAGCCAAAAUACAAAUCGUAAACCUGUGAAAAAGUCAACUUCCGAUUGAGUUUUUACCCCUAAAAACCUAAAAUGAGCAGCUAAGUUUUAUAUAUCCUUGAUCAGCACAUUUUUUUCUGAUUUUUUGAGAUAUGUCCCGUCAAAAAGUAGGAGCCCCCAUAAAAGUACUUGUUAAAUAUGUUUUUCGAUGUCCUCAAAAGAUAUUUUUUAUUCGCAUACUGAAUAAAAUGCAUUUCAGUUUGUGGUUGAUGAAGAGCACGACCAAACAACAAUGAUUUCCGCCAUUUAUGUGCAAAAGAAGGAUGAGGAGGAAUGA